GAUUGACUGACUCACUGAGCAGUCCACUAUAUAUAGAAGGAGAGGCGGUUAGGCUACGACAUCCAGUGCAAACAAAGACACAAAAAGCAUGGUUGAGCAAACACAAAACAUGCAAAACGGGAUUGCGGCGCCGAGAGUGGUGGUUGUGGUGUGCCUGUUGAAAGGGAAGAAGGUGCUCUUAGGACGCCGUCGUUCCUCCAUUGGUGACUCCAAGUUUUCCCUCCCCAGUGGUCACCUCGAGUUCGGUGAGAGCUUUGAGGAGUGUGCAGCAAGAGAGCUGAAGGAAGAAACUGACUUGGACAUUAAAAAUAUAGAAUUGCUGACGGUCACAAACCAUGUGUUCCUAGAGGAAGCGAAGCCGUGCCACUACGUGGCGAUUGUCACCAGAGCAGUGUUAGCAGAUGAAGAUCAAGAACCUCGUAAUAUGGAGCCAAACAUGUGUGAUGGUUGGGAUUGGUAUGAGUGGGAUAAUCUCCCUACGCCACUCUUUUGGCCUUUGGAGAAGGCGGUGCAGACCGGAUUUAAUCCUUUCCGUCCAUGAUCUAAUUAGUCCAGGGCGGAUUGAAUAUGUUAACAAAAAAUAAAAAAGAACCAAUUAAUCAAUCUACGUAAAUAAAGAUGCUAGAGAGUGUUCUGCUCCGAAUUAGUGUUGUCUGUUAAAGUUUUUUUUUCUUUUGGUAUAUGAUAAUAUAGACAGUUUGUUGCUAUUGGUUUUUUGAAUAGAUGGAUUCUCGAAGGUAUGCUUUUACUUAGAAGAAAAUCGUAAUUGGCUAUGGGGCUUUGGAAAAAUCCGAUGAUGAUUAGGAAAA